AAGACAAUUGCACAUUUUUUUUGCUCACUUCAAUCAAUCCCCUCACUAAUUACAUUAUUUCUCUUUUAAUUGAGACUUGAGCAUUUACCAAACUCCAUGACUAAUCCAACCCCUGUUCGUUCAUGGUCACGCUUAACCUCUCUACGUUCUAUCCCUGCUCCAGAGUCACACCCUCAUUCAACACCACCAUCUCAGCCUUUAAAACCAACUGCUAGUGCAGCUGCCACUGCAUUUUCAGCUGAGAAUGUUGUUGCACCUCUUACUCUCUCUUUUAAAUCAUCUCCACCAAGAAAAACUUCCUCUCCACAUAACAAUACCAAUGGUACCAAAUCUCUACCAACACCAUCACCAUCACCCUCUUCCCCUGCCUUUCCACCUUCUGAAGUGAAUGUUAACCCUCAGAUUGAGCCUAAGAUACAGGUGGUGGAAGAAAGGCCAAAAACCUUGCUGGUUCACAAGAUCAUUAAUGAAGAGCAUAGUCUCAAUGGAAGUGGUUCAUUGCAGAAGAAUCUCGGCAAAAAGCAUUCAGAUUAUGAAGACUCUGGCAUAAGGGUCAUAACAAUUGCAGGGGAAAACAGAGGCGCUCACAUGAAUUUAAUCCAAUCUAGUAAGAAACCAAACUACCUGCACAAAAUGUACAAUUCAAAUAUGAAGGGCUAUGAUUAUGAAUCAGGGAAAUGUGGUAAUGGUGAAGAGAAUGCAAAUAAGAAGGACAAGAGUAAGAAAGCAAGAAAACCAUCUUCACCUCCCAUGACCCGUGUGUACAUGAACAGCAAUGUGCAGUGUGUCAACAACUCACUGCUGUUCAAAACUUCUUGCACCCAUCAUGAUCCAGGUGUGAAGUUCACUCUCUAAAAGAACUAAUUUGGUGAAGAGUUGAUUCCAUUUCAAAAGGAAUAUGUUGAUGGCAUCCGCAAUUGAUUUUAAGGUGGCAUUUGAAUUUAUUUUUAACCAUAUAGUAUGUAAGAUACUACUUAGAGAAAAUAAAGGCUUGCUGUGAGAUGGAUUAUGUUGUCCUCUGGGUUCGUGGACAACAAAAGCAUGCAUGAGUAGUAAUUAUGCAUGGGCUUUAAACCAAACAUUAUGUGACUGGAUCUGUUCCUGUGUGAAAGGAGUCCUCAAUUGGUGUAUUCAAUUCAAAUUUGAAUAAAAUAAUUAGUUACUUUAUGUUUUUA